AUGAUUCGCCAAUCUGAUCAACUCGAGGCUAAGUUGGAGUCCAAUUACCAGUACUCCUCUCUGGUUGUAGUGUUGUUUACGGUGCUGGGCCUGGCAUUAUCCUCCGAUCAUUUGCAAUACCCGGAUGUGCCCCCAAAAUACGACUACAACUACGCCAUCAUAGACGACCAGACACUGAACGACUACGGCCAUCAAGAAACACGUGACGGAGGAAUCACAACAGGUAAAUACUACGUCGCCUUACCUGACGGUCGGCUACAGGUUGUGACGUACACAUCUGAUGAGGGUGGCUACUCACCUAUCGUAUCGUAUGACGGAGAGAUCCACGCCCACGACUACACCCCUCCUCACGCCCAUGUUCCUCAAGCCCAUGUUCCUCACGCCCAUGUUCCUCACGCCCAUGUUCCUCCUCCACCUCCAGCGUUCGUUCCCUAUCAUGGGUCACAUCACGGCCAACCACUUCCAUAUUAUCGCUGA